CGGGACCAUCGGACACAAGGCAGGGCUCGAGACUGUGAUCCUCCCGGCGUCCUGACGUCAAUUUAUAAGGACCAGCAGUGCCGGGCGGCAGCAGAAACAGCAGAGAGGAGCGGGACCAUGUCGGUGUGAUAUUCUUCAUUUAUUGCUGAGCAUUCGGUGACUGACCACAGCCUGAGCUGAAGAGGGGGGUCCCAAUCCCGACAGUGUGUGCAGCAAUGGGAAAGGACUACUACAAGACCCUGGGCAUCUCCAAGGGCUCCAACGAGGAUGAGAUCAAGAAGGCCUACCGACGCAUGGCCCUGCGCUUCCACCCCGACAAGAACAAGGACGCCAACGCAGAGGAGAAGUUCAAGGAGAUCGCAGAGGCCUAUGAGGUACUCAGCGACCACAAGAAGAGGGUGGUCUAUGAUCAGCUAGGAGAGGAAGGUUUGAGGAAUGGCGGCAGCAACACUUCAGGUGUUCCUGGCAGCUCAACGUACCACUACACCUUCCAUGGAGACCCACACGCCACCUUCGCCUCCUUUUUUGGCGGCUCCAACCCCUUCGACAUGUUUUUUGGCUCCAACCGCAGCCACAGCCGCUCCAACGGUUUCUCCUUUCACAACGACCACGACGCAGAGCAUGACAUGGACAUGGAAGAGGAAGACCCCUUCGCUCAUAUCGGGAGGCAGUUCGGCUUCCCAGCGGGGGUGAACAACGGCUUCCCAGGAGAGGGUCGCAGGAGGCGGGGGGUGCACUCAGAGCGCCUGGGGACAGGGCGAAAGCAUCAGGACCCCCCGGUGGUCCACGAGCUGAAGGUCUCGCUGGAAGAGAUCUUCCACGGCUGCACGAAGCGAAUGAAGAUCACGCGGCGCAGGCUGAACCCGGACGGCCGCAGCAUGAGGACAGAGGACAAGAUCCUCAACAUUAUCAUCAAGAAGGGAUGGAAGGAGGGGACCAAGAUCACCUUCCCCAAGGAGGGGGACGAGACCCCUGAGAACAUUCCCGCCGACAUAGCCUUUGUGCUGAAAGACAAAGGGCACGUCCACUUGAAGAGAGACGGUUCCAAUAUCAUUUUUAACUGCAAGAUCACUCUAAAAGAGGCGUUGUGUGGCUGCACAGUCAGCAUUCCCACGUUGGAAAACCGCAUCAUCUCGCUCCCGUGUCACGACAUCAUCAAGCCGGGGACGGUGAAGCGACUCAGAGGGGAAGGCCUGCCGUUCCCAAAGAACCCGUCACAGCGCGGCGACCUCAUCGUGGAGUUCUCUGUCCGUUUUCCCGACAGAAUUCCCCCUCAGUCCAGAGAGAUUAUCAGACAACAUCUCCCCCAGUCAUAGGAGGACUCACCUUUAACCCCCCCAUUACCUCACUUGAGACUAAAUGACCCAAACCCUAGUUCUCAAUUCUGACCCUUAUUGUAGUUUCCCUUCCCACUUCCUGAUGUCCUCAGUUGACGCACGCAGCUUCAAACAGACGCUGCUGUUUGAAGGGACUUUGCAGUGGGAGGACGACGGAAGAAUGCCAAGAUGAGUGGCAGAAUCAGGAUGUAAUUAUUCAUCUUUGU